AUGUCGAUAGUCAAUGGUGAUACUGACUGCUCAACGAGAAGUUGUGCAUCCACAGUAAACAUAGUUCGCAGGGAAACUCGGCGUGACCCAGACUUACAGGGUAAAGUGGAAUACCUUAUAAAAUGGAAAGGCUGGUCCAUCAGGCACAGUACCUGGGAACCAGAGGAAAAUAUUUUGGAUCCUUUACUAAUUAAAUCUUUCGAAAAAAGACAAGCCAGAGGCGCUCGGAAAGUACAAAACCCUCAAAAACGAAAAAAGGAAUAUGAUAAAGAUUACGAUGAACUUCGGAAGGAAUGUCUCAGCGACAAUGAAACUGAAGUGGAAGAUGAAGAAGAAGAGGAAGAUGAGAAUGACGAAGGCGAGCGGGAGGUCAGUGGAAGCCCCAUCCUCUACGAUGGCCGAAACGACAAACUGGUCGACGAGAAACCUUUUGUGAAACUUGGCAAAACCAGCGGAGAUUUGUGGACAUCUACCGUCGGUUGUAGGACCAACACAGACAAUGCUCUCUCGAGAAGCAAAGCACACAGCAAACAAGACGAAGGCGGCGGCCUUGCUGACAGUGGCGUUGGUGAAGACGGUGGUGAUGACAGUGGCGGUGGUAGUGGCGGUUAUGGUACUGGUGGAUUCGACGAUGCUGAGGAAUUUAGCGGCGCUAACAUUCAUGAUACUACUACUACUACCAAUACUACUAAUACUACAACUACUACUACUACAACUACAAAUAGUGUCACCACUACUAUCACCAAUAGUAACAAGACGAACAUUACUAAAAGCAUCGCUAACGACAGCAAUAACAGUAGCAACGCACACCACCACAACCACCAUCACCACCAUCACCACCAUCAGCACACGACUAAGAACUCCGUGCACCAGAAUAAUAAAACUACUAACUCUAGUAAUAAGCAUAUUUUGAGCUUUAACAACAAGACUAACCACAGUACUAACGACAAUGGCUACCACAAACUGUCCGGUGUGGGUGAGGAUAAGAAAGAGAAGGGGAGGAAGCAGUCGUUGGGGUUGGGUUAUUCCCCUGCAGUGGCGGAAGAUUUAGAGGAGGAUGAGGAGACGGAGAAGGAGGGCGGUGGAGAAGGAGGAGGGAAGGAGAAGGAAGAGGAGGACGGGAACGAUUCCGCCCAAACGGAAAUAGACGAAGGGGAGGCGGAGGACGAGGGGGAAGAGGAUGAGGCGGAGGGGGAAGAGGAAGACGAGGACGACGACGAUGUUGACGGUGUUGAUGAUGAUAAUGAUGGUGAUGAUGAUGCUGAUGUUGGUGAGGUUUACAAAGGGGAGAAGAAGAGCUCGAAAGUGGAAAGGCCGGCCACCGAGAAGACGCAUUGCUAUUCUGCUAAGAGACCCACGUCCAGCGACUAUAAGGCGCAUCUGACGUCGCAGCGCCUGCGUACUUCAAACGGACAUGGGGACAGCGGUAAUAGUAGAAGUUGUAGACGAAACCGGAAGCGAUCCAUCAGGGAGCAUCGCCAACAACGUAGUAACGGGCGAUAUAGGUAUUAUAGUAGCGAUGAUGAUGACGAUGAUGACGAUGAUGAAGAUGAUGACGAUGAUGAUGAUGAAGUCGCUGCGAAAAGCUCUUUCGAAGGUGUGAACCGUAUUAGUAAUAAUACUAUUAGUAGUAAUACUAUUACCAAUAACAAUCGCAGUAGUAGUAGUAGUAUUUGUAGUAAUAAUACUAGUAGUUAUAAUAGUAAACAUAGUAGUAAUAUUAGUAGUAGUAUUAAUAGUAGUAGUAAUAACAAUAAUAAUAAUAAUAGUAGUAGUAGUAGUAAUAGUAGUUUACAUAGAAAUAACAGUGACAGUUCGAAAACACAUCACCAUCACCAUCAUCACCACCACCACCACAAUAACAGUCACAAUCACAACAGCCAACAGCAUCAUCAUCAUCACCACAACAAUCAUCAGAACCACAAACGCACAACAUAUAACAGUACAUGUAGCAAUUAUAUCGAUGAUAGCACCACCACCACAACCAACAACAACAACAAUACUACAAGCUUCACCAACAGCAGCAUCAGCAGUAACAACCAGCAGCAACACCCUUAUAAUAAUCACAGUAAUAGUGGUAGUAACAGUAAAGAAAACAUAGACAAUGUUUUGAAAGCUAAAAAUGGUAAGCAACAGCACUUAGAAACUUCUGACCGUUAUUCGAAUAAAUCCAAUUGGAAUCGAUCGCCGUCUCCGUCAGCGGUUAUCAAGAAAGCUAAGUACUGUAGCAGACGACAGGAAUACUGCAGUAGACGACAAGUGUGGUAUCCACCGACAGGCGGCAUCCCACUCGAAGUUCUUGUCACUGAUGUUACGUAUAAAUGUUUGACAGUAACAUUCGUUGAAUGUGAAACAGAAAAAGGUUUCUUUAAGAAUUCAGAAUGAUUCUAGUUUUGAAACUAAAAAAAAAAAAAAAGCUACAAAAAAAAUUAAAAAGCACGAAAAAAUAC